AUCUUUUGUCAAUGACGACAAGAGGACAACACUUUAGGAAACUUUUGUGGUAUCCAUUUCGCCCACGAUUUGUGUCGACGUAAGAAUCAGGUUCAGGUAUCAGGAGGGAUCCAUCGCAUUUAAUUAGUUAGAGUUAAAAGGUUUCGAUUAAUGAGGAAGGUAAAACUCAUCGCAUAAUUGGUUAGGCAUGAUGUGAGAGAUAUGAUAAGCUUGAGUUGUGCUAAUUGACCACUUCUUUAAUUUUUACCUCCUACCCCAAAAAUUUAGCACAUUUUGACAAUAAGAGAUGUAAUUAAAGCCAGGCCUCCAAAAGGGCAAGGAAAAAAUGUGUGUCAUGUCAUCUACUUACUAGUAAAUAUAUUUUCGAAACUUGGCCAGCUCCAUGUUCCAUCUUGUAGUCAACUAAAGUGCUAAAUGCAAAUAAAUCACUGUACGAUUAAGAUAACAAGCAGGGAUAAGAUAAGAACCGUGUUAAUAAAUAGUGGCAAUUAAUAACUGUCACUUCCACUCAUCGUCUCAAGACGUACAAACAACCUCUCGCAGAGCCUCGGCCUUUGUAUGUCGGACCAUUUUUGUGGAAAACAACACGACAAUUUACUUACUUUCAGAACUUUGCGGCUGAAUGUUUAAUUAAUUUUCGUGAUACCUAAACUACCACGAUAUUUCCUAUGUCUGGACAUUUAGUCCAGAAAAUGCGUCACUUUGAAACCUUUCUUCGACAGAUGUGGUAUAAAAGGCUGGAACACUUUGGUCAGUCGUACAGCAUUUCCAGUAGAUCUCUCCUCUUUGCAUCACUUUGUAGAAAUCUACCAGUAAAUCUAGGUCACUAUCGAUAUGCAUCGGAUUUUGAAUUUCGUACUUCUCCUGGGCAUUGUUCUUUCUUGGUCUUGCAACCAAGUUACUUGUGCCCCAUGGCUUUCGCAUUAUCAACAACCUCAACAACAUCAACAAUCCUUCUCCAACUCUGGGUUUUGGGGUAACCAACAGCCUAAUAAACCCCAGAAAUAUAAUCCCCAAAAACCUCCAAGUGGUGGGUGUAACACGGGUUUUUCAAACAAACCCGCCUUCUCUCAACCCUUCGGACCAGCCCAACUUCCAAACCAGGAAGUGGUCAAGCCCGUCUUUUCUGCCUGGCCGAGACCUUCCCACCUUAUAAAUAACCAACUUCAGCUGAAUCCACCAAGUCAGCAGCAACAGCAGGGUCAAUCUGGGGGAUGGUCGAGUCCAAACGAACAGUUGCUAAAACCAGUGUUUAGCGCGUGGCCUUCAAAACAGAAGAAACGUCCACUAGUUGAUGUCCCAUUUACGGUUGAGCUUGUCCCAAACAGUCAAAAUAAUGGUGGGUGGCGCAAGUGAGAGUAGUGAAACAUAAAAUUUCAAUUUCAAAAGUCUCAUGAAAUUUGUUCAAUUAAAAUUCCAUUUCGAAUAAAUUCUAAAAUUUUGAGUGAAUUUUAA